GCAGUACGUGCCGAGGCCGACAUUUCAAGACUUCAAGAUGGUUCGCUACGCCGCCGCCUCCCUCGCCACCAACCCCGAGAAGACUUCCCGCGCCCGCGGGGAGUACCUCCGCACUCACUUCAAGAACAUGCGUGAAGUUGCGGCGGCUUUGACUGGUCUCAAGUUGACCAAGGCGUACGCUUAUCUCAGCGACGUGAAGGACCACAAGCAGAUCAUCCCCUUCCGUCGUUUCUCCGGUGGUGUCGGGCGUGCAUCGCAGGCGAAGCAGUUCAAGGCAACUCAGGGUCGCUGGCCUGAGAAGUCCGUGAAGUUCAUCGUCCGCCUGCUCAAGAACGCUGAAUCAAAUGCUGACGCGAAAAACCUUGAACUGGAGGACCUCUACAUUAAGAACAUCGUCGUCCAGCAGGCACCUAAAACCCGCCGCCGCACAUACCGUGCGCACGGUCGUAUCAACCCUUACCAGGGUCACCCUUGCCACGUUGAGAUCAUCCUUGGUGCGUCCGACGAGGAGGUUGAGCGGGCGAAGGACAAGGACGCCGUCGCAACGUCUACUUUCUCUGGCCUCAACAGGCGGCAGGUCGCCCGCCGACGGAUUGAGGCUGCACGCGUAUGAGCUGUCGUGCGUGCGGCGAGGAGUGAGGGGUCUUUGCGGAGGUAGGCGCUAUGAUGACUGCUCGAGGCGCCGAGCAGCCGUUGUCAUCUCCAUGUGUAUGCAUUAUGCCAUAUUGCCCACGACUUUCGAACACAUUAUAUGGCUAAUGCCUUCUCUUUGUGUGCAUGUGCGGAUGUUGACAGGUCAAGUGCGCCGGGUCAGUUGCAACUGAUUGAUAAUAUAACGGGGAGAGUGCUACUUG